GCUGAGUUUGUAUCACUGAAGCAACAGCCCCUUUAUGUGUUGUUUUGUUACCAGGAAGACAGCAGAGCAGGUCGGAUAACGUCAGAGGACCUCAGUAGGAAUGAGAUCUACUCUUCGACUUAAAGCCUGAAGUGAUGCCUUUAAUAUGGCCGAUAAGGGUCCGUUUUUAACCUCAUGUGUGAUUUUCUACCUGUCCAUCGGAGCUGCGAUAUUCCAGAUUCUCGAAGAGCCAAACUACAAAUCAUCUACAGACGAAUAUCUCCUUCAGAAGAAAAUCCUCUUGGAGAAGUAUGCCUGCUUAACACAAGAUGGUCUGGAUGAGAUUUUGGAGAUAGUGUCAGAGGCCGCGGGCCAAGGUGUGACCAUCACUGGAGACAACCAUCGCAACUCAUGGGACUGGGUCAACUCUGUCAUCUUUGCUGCCACAAUUGUCACCACCAUAGGUUAUGGUAAUGUUGCCCCCAAGACUCAAGGUGGCCGUGUGUUCUGCAUCCUGUAUGGUCUGUGUGGGAUCCCUCUGUGUCUGGUAUGGAUAAGCGAGCUGGGUUCGUUCUUUGGUGACCGGGCCAAACGUCUGUCCCAGGUUAUGAUCCGUAAAGGCGUUUCAGUGAAAAAGGUGCAGUGGACCUGUACAGCCUUAUUCCUGUUAUGGGGGCUGAUUGUGCACCUGGUGAUCCCUCCAUUUGUUUUCAUGUCUGUGGAAGGAUGGACUUACCUGGAGGGCCUCUACUUCUCUUUCAUCACACUCACAACAGUUGGUUUUGGAGAUUAUGUGGCAGGUGUAAAUCCAGACAAGGACUACCCCAGACUGUACAGAGUGUUUGCAGAGAUAUGGAUCUACAUGGGCCUUGCCUGGCUGUCUCUGUUCUUCAGCUGGAACGUCCACAUGGUUGUGGAAGCUCACAAGGUGCUAAAGAAAAGAAGACACAAGCACAAACACGGGGAACCCGAGCCUGUAGAGGAGAAGCACAACCCAAAAGUAAGGCCGUCUGUCAUCGACAUCUUCAACUUCCUAUCAGAGAACGACGAUGACAACUACAACACUGUCAUCAAGGAGAUCGGAACCACAGCAAGUAGAAGAAAGUCCGCAGACAACAUAAAUCGCUCCAAGAGCUGCAGCGACAUCUUGGCCACCGACAUCAAGGAACUGGAUCACUCGCCUCGGCACAGACGCAUGCUCAGCAUCAGUGAAGUGUUCAUAAAUGCAAAGCCUGUCGUGGACAAAGGCAAACACGAGGUGAGUCCUAUAAUACAAGAAAGCAACGAAGAGCCUGAACCUGCAGAAUGUGCGAGGACGGAUAAUGAGGAGAACAAGGACAGUUGGACAUUUGAUUCUCCAGAAUCUGCUGGUAUCACUUUCACUGUGCCUACCGAAGAUGCUACGGAAAAGGAAAGUGUACAGCUGCCUGGUGGUGGGGGAUGUAGGUUUACAAUCUCCAAGGUGGCAGAGGAAGUUUCGUCAAUGGAUAAAGAUGAAAAAGGAUAAAAGAUCUUUUCUAAAACAUCAUGUUCCUUUUCCAAAAUUGUGGAAAUAAUCAGACUGUGCUGUGUGAAGGAGUUUAUAUGAAAAUAUUAUAAAUACUGUUGUGUAUCAAGAAAGCAAACUUUGUGAAAAUCUUACUAAAUGAAUGUUAAGACGGUUUCCUGCUUUAAAAUGACAUAUGCACAAUGAGCCAGUGAGCCAAGAUUACUCUUCUUUU